UAAGUAUUCAACCGCAUACAAACACAGUCGUCAUUCAUGAAUUCUUCAGUGAUAUAAACGUCUGAAUAUGAUUAAAACUAUUUAUACGUAAAGAUUUAAGUUAGUUUAAAUUUCAAAAAACUUAUUGGGGUCUAAAAAGUGUUGAGUUGGAAACAUUUGGAAUAAGUAACACUGCUAUUUCCGCAUUUACUAUUAAAAACAUACUUCUGGUUGCUUUUCAAAUUGAUGAUAAACUAUUUUUUUAUAACUUAGCGUAACGAUAUAAAGGUACUCGACCAUGGAUGUGAAUGAGUUUAGGAAGUAUGGCCGAGAAAUGGUGGAUUAUAUUGCGGACUAUAUUGAAAAUAUUCGAGAACGAACAGUGGUACAUGGCGUACAGCCAGGAUAUAUGAAGGAACUCUUGCCCGACGAAGCACCGCAGAAAGGGGAGAACUUCUCUGAUAUUAUGAAAGAUAUAGAAAAAAUAAUAAUGCCGGGAAUAACUCACUGGCACAGUCCAAAUUUCCAUGGAUACUUUGCGGCUGGUAAUUCAUUUCCAUCAAUCCUUGGCGAUAUGCUCUCCGAUGCAAUUGGAUGCAUUGGCUUCUCCUGGGCAACAAGCCCUGCUUGCACAGAACUGGAAGUAAUAACCACGGACUGGUUGGGGAGGAUGAUUGGCUUGCCAAAGGAAUUUCUGCACUCUGACCACGGGCCCGGUGGUGGCGUCAUUCAGUCCACAGCGAGCGAGACCGUGUUUCUGUGUAUGCUGGCAGCAAGAAACAAGAUUGUGAACCAAAUAAAGGCAAAAAAUCCGCAUAUGGAUGAAAUGGAAAUUAUAGCAAAACUUGUUGGAUACACAUCAGAUCAGGCAAAUUCGUCUGUCCCACGAAGUGGCAUGCUGGGAGCUGUGAGGAUGGUGAAACUACAAACGGACAACACGUUUUCAUUGAACGGAGUCACCCUAAGAGAGGCCAUAGAAGAAGACAAAAAGAAUGGAUUUAUUCCGUUCUUUUUGUGUGCAUCUCUAGGAACAACUGGUACCUGUGCGUUUGAUGACUUGGAGACGCUGGGACCAAUCUGCAAGGAACACGGCAUAUGGCUCCACGUAGACGCUGCGUACGCAGGAAGUGCCUUCGUGUGUCCGGAAUUCAGAAAGUACAUGAAAGGAAUCGAGUACGCCGAGACUUUAAGUACAAAUCCCCAUAAAUGGAUGUUGAUUGCUUUUGACUGCUCCGUCAUGUGGAUCAAGAACAGUUCGUACCUAGUUGACGCCUUCAACGUAGACCCCAUCUACCUGAGGCACGAGAACGAGGGUAGAGUUCCAGACUACAGGCAUUGGCAAAUACCAUUGGGAAGACGGUUCCGUUCGCUUAAGCUGUGGUUCACCUUGAGGGCGUAUGGGGUCGAAGGAAUCCAACAAUACAUAAGACGUCACUGCGAGUUAGCCAAAGAAUUUGAAAGGCUGAUCCUCGAUGACGGUAGAUUUGAAGUUGUCGCGGAAACAGUCAUGGGCCUUGUUUGUUUCAAAUUGAAGGGCGAUACAAUCCUAAGCGAGAAACUUCUCGAGGAAAUUAUGGCUACUGGUAAAAUCUACAUCAUCCCAGCAAUUGUACGAGAUCUGUACUUCCUCCGCUUGGCAAUCUGCGCUGAGAGGACGACGUCAGAAGACAUCAGGCGCUCGUUUGAGGUGAUCAAACGUGCUACGGACCGCGUAAUGAGCAUGCAUUUUGUGAUCGAGGGGAAGCACAAACCAACUAUUGACAUUGACAUUUCUCCCCUGCGCCUGCACGGCAGCUGUGAUGAAGACGAGGAGACCAGCGGCACGAAUGGCAACCACAUCGGCGAUGUCAGCCCAUUACGCUGACAUCGACACGCAUGUUGAUAAUUAUUAUAUGUGUAAUAGUUGCACAUCUGUUUUUACUGUGUAUGCAGAUGUCGUUAUAGUUUUCAUUAUGUUGGCAAAUACACAUUUAUAGUUAAGAUAUUUGUUUGUCUUUGACUCAUGCACAACUACGAGUAUGUUUACUUAUGAACGCUCAUUAAAUCUUCUGAAGUUAC